GGUAGAAGCCACUCAAGCACAGUGGAGCCCCUCACUGGUGGGGAGUGGACCAGCCUGGCCAGAGCAGCCCCUGUCUGAAGCGGGCCCAGCAUGGCAUGCCCAGAAUCAUUUAAAAAAUGACUACAGAGCAAGAUUUUGCUAUGGAGAAGGAAAAGAACAGAUUAAUGUACAGCCAGGCCAAAAUGCACUGAAAAUUAUUCAAGACUGUUUUGAAAGUUGUGUUAGUGAUUCUACAAUACAUUCUCCAAGUAUAACAUAUUGCUCAACCCCUGUCAUUUUAAAGCAAACGAAAGAUUUAUUACUGAGCAAAGAGCUGAAUUCAGGUUUAUUUAACUCUGUGAAGAAGACAUUUAAUUCUACAUCCUCUGUAGUUGCAUCACCAGUAAAAUCAGUCAGCAGUUCAGCAGGACAGUCAACUGAAGCCCAUCAGACACCUAUAAUACUUGAUGCCGUAGUUAAUUCUAACAAAAAUGAGAGGUGUGUGUUAAAAGAAGAUAAAAACUCAAGUGAAGAUGACUUUGUUGAUGCCGGUGAUCCUGUUGGUACUAAUGAAAAAACAAAUAGUAUAUUAAAAGAUGUUGAAAGGUCAAGACCAGUCCCUGCUGGCAUCUUUGAUGCUGAUGAGGAUAAUUACGAGAUCACUGGAUCACCCGUUCUUCUUGUUGAGGAAGCAGAAACAUCUGUACACUUAUUAAGUCUUGAUGAAAAAGCAACUUCAGCAAUUAUGGAGAGACAGACGGAAAUUCAAAGGUCGGAAGGUCCCCAGGUAACAACACAAGAGAAGAUAGUUCCAGAGAAAAGAACAAAAUGUUCUUCUGUACCUUCUGAACAGAAAAAGAAGUCGCUUUCCUCAGCAUUCUUGAUGGCUGUGACAACAGGAACUGAUGAAAAAAGGCAUUCAAGCUUAAUACCACCAGCAUCACCUUCUCCUGUAAAAGAUUUAGAUUUAGGAAUGGAAGAUGAGUGUGAGUUUCUAAUUGAUGAAUCAGAUGGUUUUUCUUUUACAUCCUGGUUUUCAAUUCCAAAAAAGAACAAAAAAGUAGAGAAACAGGCUUUAGCAAAGCCUGUGCCAAAACCUCAACCUUCUGAAAGGAAAAAGGCAGUUGUACGAGAAAGCAAGAAACGCAAGGAUAGAAGGGCACAGAAUGAAGUAACCGUUAAACAGACUCGAAUGGAACAGUCGAAAAUGGAUCCAUGUAAUGUUGCUGAAGGGAUACAAGACGAGUCACAAAAUUCUUUGGAUGUAAAUCUAGUUUUGACUGAAAAAAAGGAAAAUACUCUUAAAUCUGUAAGGCAAAGCGGUCCUCACAUAGAAGAGAGUAAAAAGCAUACGCAUGGACAGAGAUCCACAAGAACCCCAAAUGAAAAAAAGUCCCCGGUCCUGAAACAGAUACAGCCCAAAAAAUUCACGUUUUUAAUUUCCGAAUCAGACACAGAGACUUCCGAUACAGAACAACAUAAGCCAACAGAAAUAGCUCAUGAAGAUUCCUUUGGACCUUGUAAUACUACUGAGCAGCCUCAAGAAAAGAUUGCAUCUUCAGAAGAGGAUCAUAGUUCUCCAGAACCUCCCCGCUCUAUUUUAAAAACUGCUCUAUGUUCAUCCCACAAAAAACAAACUGCUAAGCAGAAACUUUCAAAAGUUGCAUCGUCUAAAAAACUGGUAGAAAACCAAAGAAACAAAGUUAGAAAAUCUGCCCUUAAAUCCACUAGUAGAAAAACAAGGGUGCUAAUCUCAGGGGAGAGUUCUGACAGUGAGCCUAUAGAGGAGGUCAACGAAAGGGAGCUUUUAAAGUCAAACAAAGUCAAUGCCCCUUCAUUGCAACAGGAAUCACAGACUCCCAUAUUACAUAAAUCCCAUCAGUCCGUCAAACUUAAAAAUGUCAUUCAUUCACUAGAAUCCUCUGGUAAUGUAUAUAUCAAAACUCCUGCAAAAUCUAAAGAACCGUUACAGAAUCUCAUAAACUAUCCAGAGAAUACUGGUGAAAGGAAAAAAGCCUCCGCUAAAUCUCUGCAGCAGACAGCUACUCAAAUUAAUCAAAGAACAGAUAUGAUUGAUUGUUCACAUUCUGAAAAUGCUGAACUUGGGAAUACUACAGUUCACAAGGAUUCUUCUGACCAGAACAUGGCAGAACAAAAAGACAAGAAGUCAAAUGCAUCUGUGAAAACAAAAUACAAAAAAAAGAGUAAUGCCUGCCGAUCACAGAUCUCUCCUGCACCUGAGAGAAACAAGAGUCAUAGCAGUGGGCCUGUACUGAACCGUUAUGUAAAAUUUACUUCAAAAAAUGCCGAACCUAUUGCAUAUGAAUGGGAAGAUUCAUCUUCAGAUAAAUCUAUGGUCUUGAAGGAUCAGGCAAGUGAAUUUUUGCCAAAUUCACUAGGGCAUAAACUAGUAAUGCCAUCCCACACACCCAAUGUUCGUCGGACAAAAAGAAUAAGACUAAAGCCUUUGGACUAUUGGCGAGGGGAGCGUGUGAACUAUCUGUCGAGACCGUCAGGAGGGUUUGUAGUAGGUGGAAUAACAUACCCUAAAAAGGAAUCAUGCAGGGAGGCUAAAAAAAGGAGAAAACAUACGCCAAAAACAAGGAGUCAUGUUGAACAUCUGAAUAUCUCCUUAGCAGAUGCUUCUAAGCCAACUGUUGUAUGGGACCCAACAGUUAAUGGAGAGGUUUUACAAGAGUGUGUUAACACUGGACGUAAUCAUUCUUGUUUCUUUAAUGAUGAAUCAGUGGAAAUCUAUAAAAACCUGAAUACAUCUGGCUUUGCUGCUGGUAAAUUGAUCUUGAAACCACUUAAGGAAAAGGGGCAUCAGUUUGUCCACACAGAUAAAAUAGCUUUCCAUGUUAUCCAUGGCAAGAUUAUUGUUACCCUUCAUAAGACAUCCUACUAUCUGACUACAGGAGAUUUUUUCUAUGUUCCGGAGGGAAAUGGUUACAACAUACAUAAUCUCCUGAAUGAGGAAAGUAUUCUUCUUUUCACACAGCUGAAAGGAGAAAGCUGCACAUGGAGACCCCAGCUGAGAGCAGGACGUCAUUGUGCAAGGCGCUGCACAAACAUGGCUGUGGAGGAGAAGUGAAAAUCUGUCUUUGUGCGGACUGCCUGCUGAUUAGAAUGUGCCCGGCAGACGGGAGAGUCAAGCAAAUAUCGAAAUACGUGAACAGUCUUUUUGUUCCAAAAAGCAGAUGAUAAUAAA